AGUUAACACUUUUUUGGGUAAAAGGUCUCAUCAAUAACCUCCAGAGAUGAAGCGUGAAGGCAAGCAACACGGUAUGGUUAGAACCUACAGGAUCCUGCCUCCGUCUCUGAAUCCAAGACCGCAAGCCAAGUUGGUCAACCCUUUGACCUGUCGUCCAACCGCCGGGCUAUUCACCAAAGUGUCAUCUAAGCCGACCAAUCACUCCAAGUUCACCGGAAAAUGUGGCCAGGCAAGGUGCCUUGAGUGCCAUAUGCAUCCCAUCACCAAGUCCAAAGUCAAAAGUAAAGGCUCUUCUAAGGUGAGAUCAAAUGAUAUCACUUACAAGAUGCUGACCUGGCAGGUUGCUUCUGGUGGGCACAGACCCGGCUUGAAUCUUUCCGGGUUCUCGGCUACUGGACUUCUUGAUCUUAUGUCUGAUGAUUAUGGUUAUGAUCAUGAUUAUGAAUCUGAUGAAGAAGAAGAAGAAGAGGAAGAAGAAUACACAGGAUGUGUUGUAGAGGAAAUAGUGAAUAUACAGAGUGAUGGUGAUGGUGAAAAGGAAGAAGAUGGGUCUCUUGAUGAUGAUGUUGAUGAUGAUGAUGAUGGAAGGAUGAGCUUUUGUGAUGUGGGGGUGAUGAUGAUGGUUGAUCAUGUGGAAGUAUUUGAUGAAGGAUGGUGUUUGGUUGAAGAAAUGAUGACUUAACUGAUCUCUUUGAUUUAUUCCCCCAAAUCAUUGUAUUUCCUUUUGCUUUUGUAAAUUGUUUUAAUAAAUUUGGGGAUGAAUGAUUAUUAUCUAUGUAAAUGUGAUUUAUUAUUUAAAAUCAAAAACUAUGAUUUGUAAUUA